AGGGUGGAGAAAAAUCUAGAGAAAAAAAAAGGUAGUUGGUAUCUUAUAAGAGAAGUGGGACCAAAAAAUACCAAAUCCCCUGUAAUAAAAUUACAACUGGCUGGUCCUAUAUAUAUAUUUCUCUCUCCAGAUCAACCCUGUCUUCUGCAAACAAAAAACACACACACACACAGUGAAUCAAGAAGUAUUCUUUUGUUCUUUAAUACUGCAAGAAGGAGAUUUAGUGUGAUAAUAGAUAGAGAGCCAUGGCAUUUGCAGGAACAACCCAAAAAUGCAUGGCAUGUGAAAAGACUGUAUACCUAGUUGACAUGUUGACUGCAGACAACAGAAUCUUCCACAAAGCUUGUUUCAGAUGCCACCAUUGCAAGGGCACUCUCAAGUUAGGGAACUACAAUUCUUUCGAGGGAGUUCUGUAUUGUAGGCCACACUUCGAUCAGCUCUUCAAAAGAACUGGCAGCUUGGACAAAAGCUUCGAAGGGACACCUAAAGUAGUGAAACCGGACAAACCUGCGAACAUUGAGAAACCAAAUGCCAAUAAAGUUUCGAAUAUGUUUGCUGGAACAAGAGACAAAUGCCUGGCCUGUAAGAAUACCGUCUAUCCAACUGAAAAGGUGUCAGUGAACGGAACAUCGUACCACAAGAACUGUUUCAAAUGCAGCCAUGGAGGGUGCGUAAUUAGUCCAUCGAAUUACAUUGCGCACGAGGGUCGGCUUUACUGCAAACACCACCACAUUCAACUAAUCAAGGAGAAGGGAAACUUGAGCCAGCUCGAGGGGGAUCACCACGAAAAGGAUUCCGUCGCACACGUGGUGGUGUAGCUGCACGCACAAUCACGGUUCCUUUUCAAUAUUAAAUGCGUAUAUUAUAUUAUAUGGAUGCGGUAUUCGAAGUGUUUUGCUUUAUCCACAUCAAUAUUGGAAAUUCUCGAGUUCCGAUUUUUUAUUUUUUUUAUUUUUUUUCGUGUGCUGGAUUUGUGAUUGAUUAUUUUUUUUUUUUCGGGCCAUAAAAACUUGGGAUGUUGAAAAAUGGAUGUAAAUGUGAUGGACUGUAAUCCAGUUUUUUCGUUUGGCAUUUCGAUUGCGACAAAAGAAUGCUUCAA